AGAGGGAGUGCAUACUCAGGGGGAAUUUGGACUGUCCCAGCAGUGAGCUGUACAGGUUCCAGACUCUGACUCCUUCACUUCAUCCUUUGCUUUAGUAAUUGGACAUCUGUGACAGUCAAAAUGUCGCAAAAACCAAUGAGUGAAGAUGAAAAGUUCCUUUUCGUGGACAAAGACUUCAUCAACAGCCCGGCAGCUCAAGCCGACUGGACAGCCAAGAAAUUGGUCUGGGUCCCCUCUGAGAAACAUGGAUUUGAAGCAGCCAGCAUUAAAGAAGAAAAGGGGGACGAGGUGGUGAUUGAGCUGGCAGAAAACGGGAAGAAAAUAACAAUGAGCAAGGAUGAUGUCCAAAAGAUGAACCCCCCAAAAUUCUCCAAAGUGGAGGACAUGGCGGAACUCACCUGUCUCAACGAAGCCUCCGUGCUGCACAACCUGAGGGAGAGAUACUUCUCUGGUCUUAUUUAUACAUAUUCUGGGCUUUUCUGUGUUGUGGUCAAUCCAUACAAGUUCCUUCCAAUUUAUUCAGAGAAGAUUAUCGAUAUGUACAAAGGCAAAAAAAGACAUGAAAUGCCCCCCCAUAUCUAUGCCAUAGCAGAUACGGCGUACAGGAGUAUGUUACAAGAUCGGGAAGAUCAGUCCAUUCUGUGCACAGGUGAAUCCGGGGCAGGUAAAACAGAAAAUACCAAGAAGGUUAUUCAGUACCUGGCUGUAGUGGCUUCCUCUCACAAAGGGAAGAAAGACACCACCAUAACGCAAGGCCCGUCUUUUGCAUACGGAGAGCUGGAAAAACAGCUACUUCAGGCCAACCCAAUCCUUGAAGCUUUCGGUAACGCCAAAACUGUGAAGAAUGACAACUCUUCAAGAUUUGGUAAAUUUAUUCGGAUCAACUUUGAUGUGACCGGCUACAUUGUUGGAGCCAACAUAGAAACCUAUUUGCUUGAAAAAUCCCGUGCUAUCAGACAAGCAAAAGACGAAAGAACCUUUCACAUCUUUUACUAUAUGAUCGCUGGUUCCAAGCCUGCAUGGAGAGAGGAGCUGCUGCUCGAAGGCUUCGGAAACUACACAUUCUUAUCCCAUGGCUACGUACCGGUUCCUGGACAAGAUGAUGGAGAAAUGUUUCUAGAAACAUUGGAAGCCAUGGCUAUCAUGGGUUUCACUGAAGAUGAACAGCUAUCCAUGAUGAAGGUGGUAUCCUCCGUUCUGCAACUUGGUAACAUCGUCUUCAAGAAGGAAAGGAACACAGACCAAGCCUCUAUGCCAGACGACACCGCUGCUCAAAAAGUUUGCCACCUUAUGGGAAUAAAUGUGACAGAUUUCACAAGAGCCAUCCUUACUCCCCGUAUCAAGGUGGGAAGGGACCUUGUACAAAAAGCCCAAACAAAAGAACAAGCUGACUUCGCAAUUGAAGCUUUAGCAAAAGCCACCUACGAACGUCUCUUCCUCUGGCUGCUUAGUCGCGUCAACAAAGCCCUGGACAAGACAAAGCGGCAAGGGGCGUCUUUUCUGGGCAUCCUCGACAUUGCUGGCUUUGAAAUCUUUGAGGUCAAUUCAUUUGAGCAGCUGUGCAUCAACUACACCAACGAAAAGCUCCAACAACUAUUCAACCACACCAUGUUCAUCUUGGAGCAGGAAGAAUACAAAAGGGAGGGCAUUGAGUGGAACUUUAUUGAUUUCGGUCUUGAUCUUCAACCCUGCAUAGAACUUAUUGAGAGACCUAAUAACCCACCAGGUGUCUUGGCUCUCCUGGAUGAAGAAUGUUGGUUCCCAAAAGCCACAGAUGUCUCUUUUGUUGAGAAGUUGAUGCAGGAACAAGGAAACCACAUCAAGUUCCAAAAACCAAAACAACUGAAGGACAAAACCAUAUUCACAUUAGUACAUUAUGCAGGAAAGGUGGACUACAACGCCACUAACUGGCUGACCAAAAACAUGGAUCCACUGAACGACAAUGUGACCUCCUUAUUGAACCAGUCGUCUGAUAAAUUUGUUGCAGAUCUGUGGAAAGAUGUUGACCGUAUUGUUGGAUUGGAUCAGAUGGCCAAAAUGACAGAAAGCUCUCUCCCAAGUGCCUCAAAAACCAAAAAAGGCAUGUUCCGUACCGUUGGGCAACUCUACAAGGAGCAGCUGGCCAAACUGAUGACAACGUUGAGAAACACAAAUCCCAACUUUGUCCGUUGUAUCAUCCCAAAUCACGAAAAACGGUCAGGAAAACUUGAUGCCCACCUUGUGCUGGAACAGUUAAGAUGCAAUGGUGUCUUGGAAGGGAUCAGAAUUUGUCGUCAAGGAUUCCCUAACAGAAUUUUGUUCCAGGAGUUCCGCCAGCGAUAUGAAAUCCUUGCAGCAGGUUCAAUUCCUAAAGGAUUUAUGGACGGUAAACAAGCUUCUGUACUAAUGAUCAAAGCUUUAGAACUUGACCCAAAUCUGUACAGGGUCGGCCAAAGUAAAAUCUUCUUCAGGACUGGCGUCCUGGCCCAUCUGGAAGAGGAGAGAGACUUGAAGAUCACAGAUAUCAUCAUUGCUUUCCAAGCUCAAAGUCGUGGUUACCUUGCACGAAAGGCUUUUGCAAAGAGACAGCAGCAACUGACCGCAAUGAAGGUGAUACAAAGAAACUGCGCAGCUUAUCUGAAGCUCAGAAACUGGCAGUGGUGGAGACUCUUCACAAAGGUAAAGCCUCUUCUCCAAGUGACCCGUCAAGAAGAAGAAAUGCAGCUGAAAGAUGAAGAGCUUCAAAGGGUUAAUGAAAAAUUCCACAGAACAGAGAUUGAAUUGAAGGAGAUUCAAAUGAAACACAUCCAGUUAACAGAAGAGAGGAAUAACCUUCAGGAACAGCUUCAGGCUGAGACCGAGCUGUUCGCAGAGGCAGAGGAGAUGCGCAUACGCCUAGAAGCCAAGAAACAGGAGCUAGAAGAGAUUCUCCAUGAAAUGGAAGCCCGCAUUGAAGAAGAGGAAGAACGUGGACAACAGCUUCAAGGAGAAAAGAAAAAGAUGUUGCAGCAGAUGCAGGACCUUGAGGAACAGCUAGAGGAAGAGGAGACAGCCAGACAAAAACUACAACUGGAGAAGGUGACAGCUGAGGCCAAGAUAAAGAAAUUGGAAGAUGACAUUCUUGUAAUGGACGACCAUAACAACAAGCUAGUAAAGGAAAGGAAACUCCUUGAAGAAAGAGUGAACGACCUCACAACAAAUUUGGCUGAGGAGGAAGAAAAAGCAAAGAAUCUGACCAAACUGAAAAACAAGCAUGAAUCUAUGAUCUCAGAACUGGAAGUACGUCUAAAGAAAGAAGAGAAGAGCCGGCAAGAGCUGGAGAAGAUGAAGAGGAAGCUUGAAGGAGAAUCAAGUGAUCUUCAUGAACAGAUUGCAGAUCUGCAAGCACAGAUAGCUGAACUAAAGUUACAGUUGGCCAAAAAAGAAGAGGAGCUGCAGGCUGCACUUGCCAAGCUUGAAGAUGAACUUGCUCAGAAAAAUAACGCCCUGAAGAAAAUCCGUGAGCUGGAAGCCCAUAUUUCCGACCUGCAGGAAGACUUGGAGUCCGAAAGAGCAGCAAGAAAUAAGGCCGAAAAAUUAAAGAGGGACUUGGGAGAGGAGCUAGAGGCCCUAAAAACAGAGUUGGAAGACACCCUUGACAGUACAGCUACUCAGCAAGAGCUACGAGCAAAGAGGGAACAAGAAGUAACCGUACUGAAGAGGGCACUGGAUGAAGAGACAAGAACACACGAGGCUCAGGUCCAGGAGAUGAGACAGAAACACACUCAGGCCGUAGAAGAAUUAACAGAGCAACUGGAACAAGUGAAGAGGGUGAAAGUCAACUUGGAAAAGAGCAAGCAGGGUUUGGAAAAAGAAAAUUCAGAGCUCACAGUGGAAAUCAGAUCAUUAAAUCAGGCCAAACAAGAGGUUGAACACAAGAAGAAGAAGCUUGAAGUGCAGCUGCAGGAGCUCCAGUCUAAAUAUACCGAUGGAGAACGCGCCAGGAAUGAACUCACAGAGAAAGUGCACAGAGUCCAGGUGGAAUUGGACAAUGUUACUGUCUUACUCAGUGAAGCAGAAACUAAGUCCAUUAAACUUUCCAAAGAUGUUGCAAGUUUGGGAUCCCAGCUCCAGGACACUCAGGAGUUGCUCCAGGAAGAGACCAGGCAGAAGCUUAAUGUGGCUACCAAGCUCCGUCAGGUAGAGGAUGAGAAGAAUAGUAUCCAGGAGCAGUUAGAUGAGGAAAUGGAAGCCAAACAGAAUCUGGAACGUCACAUCUCCACACUCAACAUCCAGCUCUCAGACUCAAAGAAGAAAUUACAAGAAUAUGUAAGCACAAUUGAGACAAUGGAGGAGGGCAAAAAGAAGUUCCAGAGAGAUAUUGAGGCUAUGACCCAGCAGUUUGAGGAGAAAGCCUCUGCAUACGAUAAACUGGAAAAGACCAAGAACAGGCUACAGCAGGAGUUAGAUGACCUUAUUGUUGACCUAGAUAAUCAACGUCAACUUGUGUCCAGCCUGGAGAAGAAACAGAAGAAGUUUGACCAGAUGCUGGCAGAGGAGAAAAACAUCUCUUCAAAAUAUGCAGAUGAAAGAGACAGAGCUGAAGCAGAAGCCAGAGAAAAGGAAACCAAAGCGUUGUCCUUGGCCAGGGCUCUUGAUGAAGCUCUGCAAGGUAAAGAAGAGCUUGAGAGAGUGAACAAGUUACUGAAAGCUGAGAUGGAAGACUUAGUCAGCUCUAAGGAUGAUGUGGGCAAGAAUGUCCAUGAUUUGGAGAAGUCCAAGAGAGCUCUGGAACAGCAAGUGGAAGAGAUGAAAACACAAUUAGAGGAGUUGGAAGAUGAGCUUCAAGCCACAGAAGAUGCCAAACUUAGACUGGAGGUCAACAUGCAAGCCCUGAAAGCACAGUUCGAGAGAGAUUUACAAGCCAGGGAUGAGCAAAAUGAAGAAAAGAGGAGGCAGCUGGUUAAACAGGUUCACGAAUACGAAACAGAACUGGAAGAUGAACGUAAACAGAGAACCGUAAUAGCCGCUGCCAAGAAGAAGUUAGAAGUUGACCUUAAAGACCUUGAGGGACAGGUGGACUUUGCCAACAAAGGUCGGGAUGAAGCCAUUAAGCAGCUUAGAAAGUUACAGGCUCAGAUGAAGGACUUCCAGAGAGAUCUGGAUGAUGCACGUGCAGCCCGUGAGGAAAUCUUUGCUACUGCAAGAGAAAACGAGAAGAAAGCAAAGAGCUUAGAGGCUGAACUUAUCCAACUCCAAGAGGACCUGGCCGCAGCUGAAAGGGCAAGAAAACAAGCAGAGCUGGAAAAAGAAGAAUUGGCAGAGGAACUUGCCGGAAGCGCAUCUGGAAAAUCUGCUCUCCAGGAUGACAAGCGCCGCCUGGAAGCCAGAAUUGCUCAGCUGGAGGAAGAGCUGGAAGAGGAACAAAAUAACCUGGAGGGAAUGAGUGAGCGUAUGAGGAAAGCGGUGCAGCAGACGGAGCAAAUCACCAAUGAACUAGCCACGGAGCGCAGCUCUGCGCAGAAGAACGAGAGCGCAAGACAGCAGCUCGAGAGACAGAACAAGGAACUGAAGAGCAAGCUGCAAGAAAUGGAGGGCAGCGUCAAGUCCAAAUUCAAGUCCACAAUUUCUGCUCUGGAAGCCAAGAUUUCACAGCUCGAGGAGCAGCUAGAACAGGAAGCCAGAGACAAGCAAUCAUCACUUAAAACACUGCGUCAAAAGGACAAAAAACUUAAGGAAGCCCUAUUGCAAGUGGAAGAUGAAAGGAAGCAGGCAGAACAAUACAAAGAUCAGGCCGAGAAAGGAAACGCAAGGCAGAAGCAACUGAAAAGACAGCUGGAGGAGGCAGAAGAGGAAUCUCAGCGCAUCAACGCCUCCCGCAGGAAACUUCAGCGAGAGCUGGAUGAGGCUACUGAGAGUAAUGAUGCACUGACCAGAGAACUCGGUGCACUAAAGAGCAAACUCAGACGGGGGAACGAACCAUCAUCUUUUCCAACUGCCCGACGAUCUGCCGGGGGAAGAAGAGCCGUGGAUAACGCAGCAGAUGGGUCGGAAGAGGACGCCGAAACACGGGACUCAGAUUACAACGGAACAAAAGCUAGCGAUUAGUUUCUACUUCUUGUCACAUCACCUACCUUUGGACUUUUUCACUUGUAGAAAUUAGAUUAUCCUCUUCCGUUCCAGAGAAGCCUGUAACAAAGUGUUGCAAGCUAUUCUGGUAAAGAAGGGAAUAGUUUACAAUGCACCUGCAUCCCAGUGGCCCCAACAGCAACAGCAACCGUCCAAGACACAGAACACAAAAGAUUGUCAAAAGAAAGCUCACAGACCUAUUUAAUGCAGAGGCCGUCCGACGCAUUUCACAAUGGGCCUUGAUAAAUCAGUAUUCUCAUCACAAAAUUAAUAAGGCUGAAACAUAACGGUGAUAACGUACACGCAGCACACGGACCGUCUGUGUUAUUUCAUAAUACUUUCAUGAUUUGGGAAAAAGCGUUCUCCUCCCCUUCCGGCUUACGCUCCAAUAAAUUAAAGCCGCUCUCCCCGUGUGCCAUCACCAUUUCUUGAUUUUUUGUUUUUCCUAAAGUCACUGAAGAUUUUUUUUUUUUUUUUAACCUGAUACACAAAGUGCCUUUCUGAUCACCGGUAUUAAUUAUAUUUGUUAAUAAAGCCAAUGUAUUCCACAGUUUACUACUGCACCCUGAUUGUGCUGAAGCCACCGUCACUAAGAAAUUGAUAAAGCACGAGUAGUUUUAUAAUAUUGGCCCUCUGUCUCAGCUACACGUUUUCUAAGGGUAUGAUGAAAGCCGAUAUUUGAAGAUUUCCUCUGGUUUAGAAGUUGUGGAAUCUUGAACAAACCAGUUGUUACUAACCCAUAUGUAAUGAAUAAAAAAAAAAAAUUGGCUUCUUUAAUAAAGUAUAAUUUAAUCGCAACUUACCCGUGUUGUUUAUAAGGCAAAUUCAAUUGAGUAGAAGAAAUAUAGAUUUGUUUUAUUUGUGAGAUGAAAACUUUUGCAUUCUUUUGACCCUGAAAGCUUUAAAAAUACAUUUUAUUGUUAGAAGUUAUAAUUUACAAUUACCAAUAAACUAAUAUAAUUCUACCA